GAAACCCCAACGAAAAAACCAAAUUGUCAAAAAUGGAGGAGCAACAAUAUGGAGCAUACAAAGAUAUGCUUAUUUCUAUCGCAGAUAUAGUUGAUCAGGAUAGUUCUGUACUGGAAACAAUGAAAUUUAAAUGUGAUAGCUUCAUCAAAGGACGGGAGCGGGACCAGAUAAAGUCAGCCAUUCAGUUGUGGACAGCAUUAGAAAAAAGAGAAUAUCUUGGAAUUUCAGACACAAAGUUUCUGAAAGACCUAUUAAAAUCAUGUAUGAAAGGACAUGUUGAGGCUUUGACUAUUUUAGAAAAAUAUGAACGAUUGAUAGGUGUUAUACCAACUAAUUUAAACCAACAACAAAGUACAGCACCUGUGCAUUUUGCUGGAAAUCCACAAAUAAUUUACAUUCAGCAAGACAGUCAUACAG